AGAAUAAAGUCAGCGAUAUACGAUGCUUACUUUCCUGCUGGAUUGAUAGUUGAAUUAUCAAGUGUUAAUAUAUAGAAGUUUGUGGUAAGCCCAAACCCAGUUCGUUUAGUGUUUUUGAGGUGCGUGUACUCCAGGAUUGUAUUUAUUGCGAGAACAUGGCAUAUAGUGCUCAUGAAUACAUUGACAUGGUUAUCACAUAUGGUGCAUGCGGCGGAAAUGGUUGUGCAACUCGCCGUCUCUAUGCGGAACGAUUUCCUGAACGCAAACAACCUGAUUCCAGCGCUAUUCUAAGAUGUAUCCAUCGUUUACGUGAAACAGGAUCAGUGUUCGUAACUCCAUUAUUUAGACAACAAUGUGGUGUAAGAAGACGUGUUUGCAUUGAGGAAAAAAUUCUGCGAGCGUAUGAAAAUGGAAAGAAUGUGUGCCAAAUAGCUCGUUCAUUCGGUGUGUCUCGAAGCAAUAUAUAUAGUAUACUCGACCGGUACGAAGUGCGUUCGUCUGGUCUUCAGCAACUUGAGCAAGAUGAAAACCAGCGCGAUACUUGCGAAGACGUAUCGAAUGUCUCUGCAAUCGAGAAAUCUACGGACAAGGAAAAUAACAUCAAGAUUACGAAAAACAAGAGUCGCUUGUCGAAGAAAGAGAAGACGAUAAACGAAACCGAAAAGGACCGAUCAGAGGACAAGCAACAGCGGGAAAAGAUUUCCGCCAAAAAUGCUCUCGAGCUAUAUUGCUCCAACAUGAAGAAUACAAUGGACACAAUUAAAAAUAAGAUCAAUGCGUCCGAUAAGGAGAAAGUCCUUUUUAAGUGCAAUGAAGUCAUCUCUUGGUUAGACACCAAUCAAUUGGCAGAGAAGAAAAAAUUCGUUGAUAAGCAGAAGGAAUUGGAAGCCAUAUGUAAUCCCAUCGUCUCGAAACUAUAUCAAAGUGGUGAAGCGCCUAGUGAUUUCCUUGAUAUUGGUGGAGCAGAAUCCAAUCCUAGUGGCACUGGACUAACUAACGAGAAAGUCAUUAAAUGAACUCCUGGCGAAUUCUUGUUUUUCUUUUAUUACAACUAUAUUAAAUUUUGUAUCAUUUAAUUUUAUUUCAUUCAAUAAUACUUUAUUGUUAAUAAAUUUAGCAUAUUUAUUUGAGUUUACUUUUUAUAAAAAUAAGUUUUUAUUUUUUAACAUGUUAGGAAUUAUGUUAAUAAAAGAUUUACUUUUUAUCUUAAUAUAUAAUAUUUUAUCUUAAUUUCUCGCAAUAAUGUUCCGUUUAGUGUUUAACAAACUUAUCACUAUAUAAUAUAAUACAAUCAUAUUAACACAAUUUUAUCAUUUUGAAAAUCCAGAUGCGCAAUUCAACGUAAAACACUAAACGGAACAUUGCGGUAAGAUAAAAAAUCUUUAACAGAGCAUUGUAUAUUUCAAACAAAUAAUAAUCUAAAUAAUCUUAUUUUUUAAUAAUAUUAAAGAAUAAAUACGUAUCAUAAAUCACACACACAAUUUAAAUUUAUUAUAUUAUUGUAAGCAAAAUUAAUAUUGUAUGUAAUUAAAAACAAAAAUAAGUAAAGUGCAAUUGUAGUGCACAUAAUUUUAUUUAUUAUAAUUUUUCCAAAAAACCAAUUUGUAAAAUCUGGCUCUGUACGCAUCUUCGCAGCUUCAUAAAAAAAGAAACAACAAAUUUGUAAUGUAACUUUUAGGAGAUAAAUAUUAAAAAAUAAAUAAAAGAUAUUAGUAUA